AUGCCUGCACGGCCAUGUGCUCGUGCGCCCUGCCGACGCCUCCUUGAUGCAGUGGCGACCAAGGAGUUUGUCUACGCGGGAAAAGACGGCUUCGAGGCCCUCUCGUCGGCCCCCGUCCUGGUGGACGCUGAGCAGUGCAUCGCCCUCAACACCGCCGCCCGCGACUACUUCUACGUGCUGGAGGUCAUAAACAAGCUCAAGUACUCGACAGGCGCUGCAGGCGCUGGCGCUGAGGAAGGUGCCGCCUCGGAGGACGAAGGGGCGGAGGCCGACGACUCAAUUACGCUGCGGCGCCUGGGGUCGUUCGCGCGGCACUGGAAGCACAGAGCCACGGCGGGGGCGCACAUCUCGGCGCCCGGCGGCCAGGCGGAGUCCUCAAAGUCGGGCGCCCGCCGCGACGCGCAGCGCGUUGGCACCUGCGUGCGCGAUGCUCUGGGGCGCUACGUGAUCGCCCCGGCGGUGGAGGGCCGCAUCGUCUGCCUGCAGCCGCUGCCGGAGUAA